AUGUCUAACGAUUUCACUGGAGGUGUAAGUUCUACCACCUCACAGGCUUCAACAAGAAGACAGCCUUCCAUCAAAGAGAAUCAGCUUGAGUUUUUGAGAGCAUACGAUACAAUUUUCAUCGUAGACGAUAGCUCAAGCAUGAACGUAAACGAGAGGCCAGAUGGUUCGAUCGGAAAAAGUAGAUGGGAAGAAGCACGAGAUGCAUUAGCAGGAAUGGUGGAAUUAGCAGCAAAAUACGAUGAUGAUGGAGUUGAGCUACAUUUUCUCAAUUCGGAAAAAUGCCUCUUGAACUGUCAUGAUCCACGUCAGGUGAAGCAGCUGUUUGAUUCAAUCAUACCUGAAGGUCUAACCCCAACUGGAACAAAGCUGGAAAUGUUAUUGCUACAGUAUAUGGACGAUAUCGAAACACACAAACAGACCAAAGCUGGUACACCGCCAAAGAAGCGCAAUUAUGUCAUCAUCACUGAUGGUACGCCAACCGAUGAUCCGGAAAGUGUGAUUGUUGCAAUUGCUUCACGUUUGGAUCGUGGCAAUUUUCCUCUUACACAGAUUGGCGUUCAAUUUGUUCAAGUGGGUGAUGAUGCAGAUGCUCGUGAAGCUUUGGAAGAAUUAGAUGACGCUUUACAAGCACAGCAUUCAUGUCGUGAUAUUGUGGAUACCGUGCCUUAUUCCGGAAUGGCACUCAAUCCUGAUCUUUUGGUCAAAGCUCUUUUGGGCGGUAUCAAUCGUCGUUUAGAUCGUCAAGCGGUGAAUCCAAAUGCAGCAAAGUAG